AUGGGGAAACCGAAAGGCAAAAGCGUCAAGUCGGUGACGGCUGACGCUCCCCAAGAGUUACAUUCCGAGCCGUACUCUGUUCCCAGGCCGACCAGCCCUUUGAGAGCCGCCGAUGGCCAUAAUGUUGACGGUUGGGCCGACGAGGACAUACGAACUUACAACGAAUUGCUCAACGAAAGAGCAAAACUGGAAAAGGAAAAAAACGAACUGGAGCAGAAAUCCUCCAGACAUCAGACGCAGAGGGCCUUGCUAGAUGAAAAUGCCACAGCCCUUGACAAGCUGUUCAAAUCUCAGCUAGGAGGUGAUUUCAAAUUCACGGGUCCAGGGAUCUGCUGCUUGGACGUUGAUGUGAAGGGAGCCGAAAGGACCAGAGGUGCUGCAGGCUCUUGCAAACACGAAAUUUGCCUACGAGCCAAGACGAAAGGGAUUUCUUGGAUGGAGAUGGACACUAUAAAAUAUUACCACGCAAGAAUCAUGGCCGAGAAGUCGCAAAGAAUGCAAAACGCGCUGCGCAAGCAGAGAGACGUGGAAUUAGUGCGUGUCAAGAAGGAUGAUGAGGAGGAAGCUGCCUUGCGAGCCCGCAGAAAUGCGAUUUUGGACAAAGCGACCCGCAGUAGUCUGCCUUCCACGCCGACAAUCAAGGAUGACAAAGGCAACGCCACGUUGGAGACCUCAGCGCUGGAUCUACUCCCUAUGGCAUCCAAAGAUUUUCUGCUGGAUCCCAAGAAUAGCGCCAUUCUGGAAGCCGCCAAGGAGAACGAGCACAUCGUGCGCAGAAUUCGGGGACGGCUGGAUAAAAUUCGACACGACGUUAAUGCCGGGAGAGUUUCACCUGCGGAUGCUCGUGUGAAACUAGACCAAGCGAAUUCUGAGAUGGCGGAAGCUGAGAGGAAGAAUAACGAGUUCCGGCAGAUGAUUCUUGAUGCCGAACCUGCGCUUUCACAACUUCACCAGCAUUCUGCCCCCACAGGGAAUCGCACAACUCCCAACACUCCGGCAAGCUUGACGACGGUGCUUCAGAACACUUUGGCAACUUCCAACGCCGACGCCUUCUCUCAAGCCCUCAGUGUGAUGAAGGGUUUCUUCAGUGCCUCAGAUCCACAUGAUGUCCAAACCGCUAUCACAGAUUUGCGCAGCGUGCUGGAACUCAACGGCCCGAUGUCUCCUGUCUUACAAAAGUCCUUCAAGGCUCUUGAAGAGAUGCUCGCGAAACCUAAUGCCAAAGGAUUCACGGUCGAUGUCACCACCGGCGAUGGAAAGACGAGGACAUGCAAUAACGUGGUCGAGGUCAUGAUGAACCUCCGGUUAAAGAUGCAAGCCUCUGACAAUCCCUCCGCGGCUGCCGACCCUGAUCUGAAUCUUGACGAAGACACGAUCAAGGCCAAUCUUGAAUGUAUCAAGGUUGAAGAUGCUGCAAAGCACUACAUGCUGAAGAUGGUGGAGAGGAUGCCUGGAGCCACAACCGCCAGUGUCACCAGCGCCCUCAAGAAACUCAAGGCAAAGGCUAUCCUAAAAUCGCCCAUCCCACCACUCUCCGACAUCGUUCUUGACGAUGUGAUUAGUGAUAUACUCUUCCAACGAUCGGUCGAUGCUCUGGUCGCUGAAGCAGCCAAGGGUGCCAGCCUGGCACAACUAUCUGGAAAGGUGACCUCACUUGUCAUUUCGACCUCCCGAAAUAACCCAGGGAAGUAUCUAGCGACUUUGAACAUGACGAAAGAUGCCAUUAUGAAGGGGAAGAAGCUCCCACCCGAUGUACUUCUCGAGGCCAUCUCAAAGGUGGAAGCCUCCAUGACACAGUUUGUCAAAGCCUAUGGGGAGAAAAUAAAACAGAUCGAUGCCGAGGAAAAAGCCAACCCCAGCCCAUCUCCCAAGCCCGAUCUGGAGAUUCACCAUCUUCUGGAGGGCUCUCAUGUGGACAAAAAGGCUUUCGAGUUGUUCAAAAAGUUCUUGCGCACUCCAUCGGCAAAUGACCCUGCGGUAUUGCGCGCCCGUUUCUGCGAAUAUCAUCAUAUGUAUCUUGAAGAGGGCAUGUGGGACAUGCUUCACGUUGUGCUAAACCAGCAAACUUCGGGCAAAUUCUGGUGGGCAAAUUGGGAGGCCGAAAAGAAAUAUUGUAUCGAAAACAUGCAGGUUGCCGCCGCUACGCCAGGACCAAAAGUUGCGGACUUUGUCUUGCAGCUGCAGGAACUCGGCAUCUGCCCUGCGAGGGCUGCGAUCAUACUUACACAGCGCAUCGCAUUACAGAUGAGACAGGACUCCGAAGCCGCCAAAAUCAACAUCAUGACUCUCCGAGACAUCUAUGCGGAUUGUGAAUCUCUCAAGCACAAGGAAUGGGCUCGGUCUUUCAACUUUAUCGGACGAGCUAUGGCAGACACCUUUGCAAUGUUGAUGUUUGAAUUGGUCGGCCAGGUCAACUUUGAGAUCGCAAUCAUGGCUGCAGACUUCCUCGCGUUCAUUUGCACUUUCGUCCUCGGCUCAAUGGACGCCAUAAGAGCCGAACUUAACCUCCGCUACCUCGAGCAGUUCAUUCUCAGUACUCUUAUGGAAAGUCGUACCCCUAUCAACAAGUGCCGGGAUAUCUUUUCCCGGUAUGUGCACAUGUGCCAAGAUUCAUCGAGGUAUAGGUGUUCUCCAGACCAUAGAUGUCAGGCGACAUUCUCCCGCUAUGCCACUGAAAAGUUUGCAUCUCUCGUCCCUGCACCGUUGAAGGUGAACAAAAAAGGAAAGGAGACUCCAGAAAAGCCUACGUCGAAUUCAACGAAAACUGGCACUGCGCCCCCACGACAUGUCCGCAUUCGGGUGACCGUCAAGGCAUAUUGGGACGUCGCAAAAAUUCUCACGCCGCACUUGAAAUGUAUGGAGCGCAACAAGAAGAACAAGAAGAGUUGCCUCUGCAGUCGAGCUGAUCUGGAAUUUGCCGAAGAAAUUCAAGUCCUCAAAUAUGCCCUCGAUAUCGAUCUGGCUAAACUUGAGACCAUGGUCAACAAAGGCUUAAAUCCUCCCAAGGAACUAUGGGAUAGGCUGGAGAAAAUGGCCUUGGCUUUGCACGAACGCCCUGCAACCUAUGAAGGAAACCAGAGAAGAAUAACAGAGUUGAGAGCAAAAGUAGGAACCGCUCGAUUUACGAAGAUUCCUCCUCCCAACGAACCAGUGACCAAGGACUUGACAAACACGCAACGGCAGCUCAGCCUCAAGUCAGUCCCAGUUAAUGUCCCCAGCAUCCAAAACAACUUAUCAAGCAACACUUCAGAGAAGGGCAAACUUGAGAAGGAUGCCACAGAGAGUCACUUGGGACACCAGCAUGAGGCAUCGAUCCCAAGCGAACCAGGUGCAGAGAAUAAGUCGGUUUCCACAGCCGACCAGGACGACGAAUCCGAUUGGCAUAUGACGGAGCGAGAACUUGAGAUCAGGGACCAGCUGCUCACGUUCUCCGACAGCGUAGACAUGAUGCACUCAUUUGCGUCUGUCAUACACCAUGGUGCCAACGAUCUCGCACUUGAUGGCGUGGCGUGGCAAAUUGAAGACAUGCUCAUCGGCCACGUGGAAAUGGCGUGGAUUAUUGCAAAAGCUCAGGGCUAUAGCGGACUGCAAACUUGGAUGGAGUAUUAUUACGCACAAACCAUGCCCACCCCUUUGGGGGAGAACUUCAAAGUGAACGGCACCGGCGAUUACGGUCAUGAUGGAAGCCUUGCCGACGCGUAUGCAAGGAAGAAAACUAUCGCCUUCGACAUUAUCAGCAAGAUGGGCGGUGGGGGUGCGAAAGGCAAACCACAGUCUCAAACCGCAGGGUCGAUGUUGACUGCGGCGGCAGGGAAUCCUGCGACGGCGGCCGCCAACGCAGCAGCAGCAGCAGCACCACCACCACCACCACCAUCGAACCCUUCUGCUUUGCAACAGGCCGAACAAGCCGUGGCUGACAUGGAGCGACUCGGUCGCAAUUUCAUCUCGCAGAUGCAGAUUGUCUCGAAUCGGCGCAAGCGCAUGCCGAAGCGCAAGUGGUAG